CUCUGACCCCACACCACACUUGUAUUUUGCUAACUGACACUAUGAUAGCUUCGAUGAAAGACGCCAGCUCUCAAGAUUAGUUGAAGCCUUUAUCUCGCGUGCGAAUGCGAAACAAAGACGGGGAAGAGCGGGGCGUGUUCAGAACGGAAUCUGUUUUCACAUGUUCACGAAGCACAGACAUGAAAAAUUGCUCGCUGAACAACAAACUCCAGAGAUGCUUCGUCUCUCUUUGCAAGAUUUGGUACUACGGGUGAAGAUCUGCAAGCUGGGAGAAGUGGAGCCCACUCUUCUUGAAGCCCUGGACGCGCCUUCUUCCAAGAACAUCCGCCGCGCUAUAGACUCUCUCAAGGAGGUCAAAGCUUUGACAAAUUCAGAGAACUUGACUCCGUUGGGUAUGCAGCUUGCUAAGCUGCCGCUGGACGUCUUUCUUGGGAAACUAAUCAUUCACGGGACCUUCUUCAAGUGUCUAGAUGCCUCUAUUAGUAUCGCCGCUAUUCUCUCUUCUAAAUCACCCUUUGUUAAUACCAUGGGAUCCAACACUCAGAAGGACCUUGCAAGGCUCUCGUUCAAGAAAGGCGACUCUGAUCUAUUGACCGUGUACAAUGCAUACUGCGCCUGGAAACGCACGAGAAACACGCCUGGCGCUAACGAGUAUGCUUUUUGUCGGAAAAACUUUCUCAGCUCCCAGACAUUGUUAAAUAUUGAAGAUAUCAAGAUGCAGCUUAUCGUGUCUAUCGCCGACGCCGGACUUUUAAAUCUAGACCCGACCCAGAAAACGGCUCUGAACAGAGCUCGAUACGGCGGUCGCCAGCGUCAAUUCUUCACCAUCCCUGAAGAAUACGAUAUCAACAGCAGCAGCGACGUCAUUGUCAAUGCAGUCAUUGCUUGGAGCUUUUAUCCGAAGCUCUUGACACGCGAGGGCAAAGGCUGGCGGAACGUUGCCAACAACCAAGCUGUUACACUUCACCCGACCUCAGUCAACAAACAAGCCGAUGCAUCCAUGAAGUGGCUGUCGUAUUAUCACAUCAUGCAGGGCCGGAACCGGAACUACAACGCUUUCGAGACGAACGCCGUGGACGACUUCGCCAUUGCACUGUUGUGCGGCGAGGCGGAGUUCAAGAUGUAUUCCGGCGUAGUAUCAAUUGAUGCCAACCGAAUCCGCUUCGCGGUUCGAGAUUGGAAGUCUAUGCUGGCGUUGAAAAUCCUUAGCGCUCGCAUACGGGACAUCUUAUCCGGGACAUUCCGGGACCCACAGAAAAAGCCGUCUUACAAGCAGCAACAGUGGGUACAAAUCUGGCAGCAGAUAUUCACGCAGGUGGGGAAAUGAAACAUAUCGGCGCUAUGAAGGACCCAAAGCGGUUCUAUGUUUAUUUUUUGUAGGUAAAUGAACACACCAUGCAUUGCAUUAGAGCCAUGAUAUGGAUACACGGCAAUGGCUCAUGGAUAUACAAAAGUAUACAAAGAAUUGUUUGCAUAAAUUUUCAGUAAGAACUGGCUAUCAAACUCCUAUAGUCCAAUUGUAUUGCACUGACCUGUCCAGAGAUCAGCAACGAAUAGAGCAGAGUAUGUUAACUAGUAUCAUUUUCAGUUCUCAUUAAGUUAGAGAUGCGAAAAUCUCUCAAAGAGGAGAGAGAUAAAGCGGGAAAAGAAAAGACAAG